GCCUGCCUGCGUGUGUAGGUGGAGGGUCUGCUGGAGAGCUACCUGCAGGACAUGGGCAUCUCGGAGCAGCAGCUGCUGGACGCGUGCAGCGCCCAGAGUGUGCAGUCGGAACACCUGCACGUCUUCGAGCCCGUGCUGGCAGCAGACGACUUUGAGCUCUUCAAGGGGCUCAUGGUGCGCAAGAACAUUGAGCUGGAGCUGCAGGCGCUCAUGCACCUGCAGGAGCAGAAGGGCGUGAUACCCGAGUGCAUGAGCGUGGACGGAUUGGACAAGGCAGGAGAGCUGGACCGGGAAGAGAUGCAACUUCUGCAGGAGGCGAUCAGGGCGUCCAAGCAGCAGUACGAGAUGGAGCAGCGGUGGAGGAGGUCGUGCAUCCUGGAGCCCGGCACCACGGAGGAGCAGGAGGAUGAAGAGCCAUGCAGAGAAGGGCGACCUCUGCUACAGGGCUCCAUCCAUCAUCAGGUCAGCGAGUGCUGCGCGGACGUGCCGGGCCCGAGCGGUCGACGCUGUUCUGACGUUGCGGACGAGCCGCCUGGCGCGACGGGCCCAUCCCAGCACCAGGCUGCCGGUGCGUCAUCUGCACCAGCAGCGCGGCAGGACGUCCCGUCUGUGCCUGGCGGGAGUCAAGCAACCCAGCCACCUCCACACCAACUCCCCUCCGAGCCGCCAGGUGGGAUGAGCGCGGAUGCGGUGGCCCAGCAGCGGCAACAGCAGCAGCCCCGAGCGAGCCAGCCCAACGGGGCGGCCCCGCCGGGCAAGGCCCAGGCCUCUAAGCUCCACGAGACGAGGCCCAAGGAGGCAGCCGUCUCCCUGAAACACAACCUGUCUGCGGAAGAGCUGCGGAGCAGGGAGGAGUACCUGAGGCAGCAGCGGGACCGCCUGCUGGCGGCAAAACGCGAGCAGCUGGGCUCGUCGCAGCGGCAGGCCAGCGCCUUCUCCAACGACCGAAAGGCGCCGGGUCCCGGCAGGGCGGACGCGUGCACGGCCGGCGGCUGCGGCGGCGACGGGGACGCUCCGCGGAGAGGCCCGUCGGCCACGGGCGGCGCUGUCGCCGAUCGGCCGGCGCCGGCAGCCACGGCCACGGGGAAACAGGGCGCACGCACGGAGGAGUCGCAGACGCUGGAGCAGAGGAAGAGGGUGGCUCACAAGCUCAAGGAGGAGCUGCUCCAGAAGAAGUGAGCCAGCCCCCCUCCACACUCUGGACUGACGCUCGCCAGCUCAGGGUGGCCCGUGCCGCCCACAGCGGUGCGUGUACGGCCGAAGGCGUUUGCCUUCCGUGACGCAGUACACUACACGUGAUGAAAAAAACAUAUAUAUAUAUAAGAAAUCGGUCAGUAUAGGAAUAACAAGCGAUACAGACACACCUUACUUCAUAAUGUAAUGUUAAGUAACGUUCAUUAACGCCUCAUUCUUAUUAGUUUUUGUCAAUGUGAUGCCGGUAGAGGUCUUAGCGAGCUGACCGCGAAUACGGCCGGGGAUCCAUUCAUCGACGACUAAUCUUCUGCGUCGCUGCUCGACUGGAAUAGACAAGUCACACGCGACGAGCAGCCAGCAGGCAUAGCGAGCGGCACCCUCGCUGCGAUGUGCCGGUGUGCUGAACCGUAUCUUCCGGGUCAAUGACACGGAACAGACCCAGCUGGAUUUCAAGUUUGACAUGCAACAAAUAUGACCCCCCCAUUCCCUGGAUGCAUUGUGUUCUAAGAAUCAAUUGUAAUCGGUAGAUCCAGGUUUUAUUCGACCAGGGUUUCCCAAUUCCUGGCGACUCACCACGCUACGUCUUUCCGCGUUUACCGAAUUUACUCCCCAUUCAAGCACACGUGACUUGGUUCCACGCUGCUGCCCGCGUCCGAUGAUUGUCAAAGACGUCCCACGUGAUGCCGCUAAACAAUCAACGUUCUUGCGUUAAUAGAGCCGAUUCACGUUACAUUAAGAUCUCAGUGUGCACGUGUGGUGUACACGUAUUUCGUGUAUACACACACACACAAUACAUGUGGCGAGAUGUUAACUACCUCGCCUGGUAUACAGGAGGUCGUGGGUUCGAUUUCGACCCUGACGCCUGCUGCUGUAUAUUUGCAUGUGCUCCCCGUGGUCGCGUGGAUUUUUCUCCGGAUCCUCUGGUUUUUUCCCUCCACAUUUAAAAACAUUUAGAGUAUUUGGCUGCUAUACAUGCCCACGUGAUGAUGAGCCACUACUUCGUUGAGCUAUCAUUUGUGACGGCCAGAUCGCUUCUGAAGAAGAGCUACAUAGCUCAAUGGGCCUCACCUGGUAAAACAAAAAUAGCAGUAAAGUGGUUCGUGUACGGGUACAGCACACGUGUUCCAUGUGACACAGCGUUAACUGCUUAGCGUGUCACGUGGGAUGUGUUUAACAACCAUCGGGCGCAUGCAGCAUGGGAUGCGUUAACCUGUUUUUGAAUGGUGGAGGAGUCAUUUGGUAAAUGCAGGAUGGCGAAGCGUGGCGGUGGGUCGUGAGGACUGGGGUCAGGGAAAUCCUGCAUUAGACCUUUUCAAAGUUAAUACCAUCACGCAGAGGUGGGACAAAGUCAUUGUUAUGCAAGUCCAAGUCGAGUCUGAAGUCAUCAAAUUCAUGACUCGAGUCUGACUCGAGUCCAAGUCACAUGACUCGAGUCCACACCUCAGAGGUGGGACAAAGUCAUUGUUAUGCAAGUCCAAGUCGAGUCUGAAGUCAUCAAAUUCAUGACUCGAGUCUGACUCGAGUCCAAGUCACAUGACUCGAGUCCACACCUCUGCCAUCACGUACCCAUUACUACACCAGUCGAUGACUCCCACUCGCGUCAACAGUCAACGAUUUGUUUAAUCCAUAGUUAAAGGUUUUUGUUGGGUUAGAUCGCAUAAAUGUGUCGUUGAACCCGCCACCACCCGACACAGCCAAUUAGUAAGGUUUGUCACAUAAAUAGAACAUUUGUUUUAAUUGAUCGCAUUAACUGCCGAUGACCAUAUCUCGCCUGAAAUGCGCCCAAUCAUGUCAGAUCUUGGAAGCGAAGCGGGUGGAGGAGGUGGGGGUUUUUGGAGCCUGUCCAGUCAUUGGCCGGAUGACCACAACGCACAACACUGGGCACAGGUUGUCGUGGGACCACGUGGUUUACGCAGCGGAGGGCAGUACAGCAAGCCGGUCUGCUGUUGUACUGCGCUUCCACGAACUAAAACACGACGAACUAAAACACCACAAACUAAAACACCACAAACUAAAACACAACAAACUAAAACACAACAAACUAAAACAC